GAAACAAUUUAAUUGUCUCUCAGGUCUUGUUAACAUCUUGUUGUCUAAUUUGUGGUCUAAUUUUCUCAAUUAAUUGAUUAAUUGUGAUUAUUUUAUCUUCGAUUAUUUGGUGACGUAAAUUCUCUUCGAUUCUGUGGGCCUUUGAUUGUGUGUUUUUCGGAUUUUUAGAGAUUUUGAUUUUUCCAUUUACCGUUUUAUUCUUUUUUGUUUCAUUUAUUUAUUCUUUUCCGUUCUUGGAUAAACACUCUUUCCAUCAUCACAACUCAUCAUAUUCUUCUGACAAAUGAUUAGCUGUUAAUUGUUUUUUCUUUCUUUUCCCCUCUCUUUUUCUCUUUCUCUUUCUCUCCUUGAUUCCUGUGUUUUGAAUCUCUUUUCAUCUCUACUCUUCUUCAUCUUUACCAGAAUAAUUUGAAAAUUUUGUGAAUCCUUUUUCCAUCAUAAUGUUUGAAGUGACUGUUCAACACAUCUCUGAAUCUAACGAGCUCAAAGGAAGUCCCAAUAUAUGGAGGCAAAAAUAUGAGGAAGUUAAAUUCGAAUUAGAAGAGUUCCAAGAAAGCUCCAAAGAAUUGGAACAAGAAUUGGAGAUUCAAUUGGCUCAGUCAGAGAAAAGAAUCAAAGACCUUGAAUCAAGUUUAUCUCGAUCUCAGAUGGAAAAUGAGUCUCUCAAGAGUAAAUUGACCCAAGUGACCAAAGAGAGUACGGAAAAAAUAGCAAAGUUACAGAAAACUCUGUCCGAAUAUGAAGCUGUCAAUUUAAAAAUGUCUCACACCAUAAGGACGUUGGAACAAUCAAAUGAUGAUUUAGAAAGAGCUCGAAGAGCUUUAAUUGUAUCAGUGGAAGAUCUUGAAUCUCAGUUAAAUCAACAAAUAGAAAAGAAUGUUCUUCUUGAAACAACCAUUUCACCAUCAAUCGAUCCACCCAGUGAAGAGAGUAUAACAAUUAGUGAAAUCUAAUCCACCAUUUAAAUCAUCAACAUUUAAAUCACAAAAACUUAACCUCAAUUGUAUCCAAAAAAAAAUAUUAAUUCUUAUAGAAAACAUUACAACUUCAUCAAAAGAGGAUAAAAACACUCAGCAAUCAUCAAACAUUUUACCUGUUCAAUCUCAUUAAUCAAUCACCAGAAUGAAUCACCAAUUGAUAUAAAAACACUUCAACAACGGAGCAACAACAUUUUGUCAAAUUGAACAUUGUGGUUGUUAAUUAAUUCUAAUAAGAUUGUUUAUAAAUUGAGUUUAAUUAAUUAAAAGAAAAGUUUGGUUA